AUGCUCGGGCUCCACCUAAGGAGGCUCAAACUUGUCGAGACAUGGAAAGGCGAGGAAAAAAUCGGGCCCGUCUCGUUUAGUUCUAUGGAAGAAAUCGAGAUGGGUUCGAUUUCUAGGCCCGAUUCGCGGCCCGAUGGCGGAAACCCGUUUAUCGAGUACGAUACCAUCAAGUUCUUGGGAUUUGUCGUGUUGGGUUACCUUUUGGUGUUCCACAUUCUCGGUGUUUUCUCUGUAUUGGUCUAUCUAUCCCUAAUUCGUAGCGCGCGAGGCGUUUUGCGGAGGAAGGGCCUCAAAAUAUUCACUUUCGCGGUUUUCACCGUGGUCUCGUCUUUCUCGAACUGCGGCUUCGUGCCGACGAAUGAGAACAUGGUAGUGUUCGGCAAAAACUCGGGCCUCUUGUUGAUUUUGAUCCCGCAAAUCCUAUUUGGGAACACUUUGUUCCCGCCGGGUUUGAGGCUCGCGGUUUGGGCCAUAGGGAAAAGGUUCAAGAAGGCCGAGGCCCGGUACUUGUUGCGCAACGAGAAUGAGGUCCGAUACACCCAUUUUCUUCCCCGGGCCCACACCGCUUUUCUUGUGGGUACAGUGUUCGGGUUUAUACUGAUCGGGUUCGUUUUGUUUUGCGCCAUGGAGUGGGACUCGACCGGUUUGAGUGGACUCGGUAGCUACCAAAAAGUGGUGGGGGUGAUUUUCGUGUGCGUAAACGCGAGGCACGCGGGCGAGACCAUAGUCGAUCUCUCGACUGUGGCGCCCGCAACUUUGGCGUUCUUUGUGGUCAUGAUGUACCUUCCACCAUAUGCUUCAUUUGUACCUAUUAAGAGAGAUGAACAAAUUAUUCAUGACGACACCGAAUUGGGAAGAAAGCAAAUUAAGAGAAGAAUUGCAGAAAACCUCUUGUUUUCACAGCUAUCUUAUCUUGCCAUCUUCAUUAUUAUCAUAUGCAUUACGGAGAAAAAGAGCCUCAAAGACGAUCCCAUAAACUUCAGCGUGCUGAAUAUCAUAGUCGAGGUCAUAAGCGCAUAUGGAAAUGUAGGUUUCACAACCGGAUACAGUUGCGACCGUCUAAUAAGGCCCGACCCGAACUGCGUGAACAAAUGGUAUGGGUUUUCGGGAAAGUGGAGCGACGAGGGCAAAAUCGUCCUAAUAGUAGUAAUGAUUUUUGGUAGGCUCAAAAAGUUCAACAUGAAUGGGGGACGAGCAUGGAAGCUCUCGUAA